AUGACUCAAUUCUCUGCAUUGGCACUUCUCCUUAUUGUCUUCGUUGCCGCUUCUUUUGCUCAAUCUUAUGAUGACGUCAGUGCGGAGAAACGUGCCAUGCGGAACGCCUUGGUUCGAUUUGGAAGAGCUAGUGGUGGAAUGAGAAAUGCUCUCGUUAGAUUCGGAAAGAGGUCUCCAUUGGACGAGGAAGACUUUGCUCCAGAGAGCCCACUCCAGGGAAAACGGAACGGUGCCCCACAACCAUUUGGUAAGUUGUCUUAAAAUUUUUCUUCCGCUUUUUGCCUUUGCUUCAUGUGUCGUUUAUUUUGCUUUGCAGUUCGCUUUGGCCGAUCCGGUCAACUCGACCACAUGCACGACCUUUUGUCGACUCUUCAGAAGCUCAAGUUCGCCAACAACAAGUAAUGACCGAGGACGACCGUCUUCUGCUCGAACAACUCCUGAGGCGAAUUCAUCAUUAAAAAUCAUAUGUUUUUCUCUCUCACACUCUCUUUUUUCAUACUCUCUCUUGCUGUCUAGAAUUUGAUUGGUGUCGCUUAACCCCCCUUUCCCUCCGAAGGAAAGUUAUCUCCCCAGAUCUCUUUUGGUGUUUUUUAUCAGCUAACAACACACAUUUUCUGAUAUUUCUAUGCUCUGUCUAUGAACAAUAAAGGCGUUGUUAAUUACUCGCAAA